UCCGGGAUCAGCUGUGUCGUACAGCAUGCGGAGAAUUCAACAGCAGCAGCAUCUUCGUCGUCGUCGGAGCAGGUAGUCAGUCAGUCAGUCUGAAGCAGAGGGCAUGACGUUGUGGUAGAUGAGAGCAGCAGCCAGCGAGCUCUGAGCCGGCUCACAGCCAUGUCCAGGGGUUUGGUGGCACCUGGGUUUCUGUUCAGCACAUUGCCUUUGGACAAGGUCUCGAUCAGAGAAAGGAGGAGGUCCGGAUGCCAGGGCCAGAGUAUUUGGAACCCCGUGAUUCGGCCAAGCGGCCAAACCUUUGCAGGGUCAUGGCUGUCGCACCUUGAGCCCGGGUCUCGGUGCGCGGUGGGGUUGCUCUGGAGGAGCAGGAGUUGGCUCACGGGAGUUGGUCUCGAAGGAGCUGCAGUGAGAAGACAUGCACGUCAGUAUCCGAUUGCUGCUUCAAAUUCUUCAUCGUCUUCGUUUCCUGGAUCAUCAGGCGUAGACGAGGUGAAGGAUUUUGAAGGCGAGGAUGACGAUUUUCCUCUGGCUGCCGAGCGACGGAGGGCGCCCAGCAUCACCGACAAGUUUGUGGACGCAGAAAACCUUGAUUCUGCCAAUGGCUGGGGUAGCGAGCAGGAAGUUGUGGAAGCUGAUUUUGCCGAAAGGGACCACAGGAGUAUUAGUUCGUUCUACACACAGCGAGUGGGGGAUAUGGGGGAAGGUAUCAGCGACAAUAGUGAUGAGUCCAGUGGAGACUCGUGGGAAAGAUUAAGCGAUGAUGGUGCAGGUGGAGAUAGUUCCACUUCCAGCUCUUCGGUGUCUACUCCUGGAGCACCAUCUGUCGUCGCGAAGGAACCAGUCUACGAGGUCAUUGAGAUAAAUCGUUUAGGAAAAGCAUUGAAGAAGCUUGUCAGUCGAAGGCAGCUCCUCAGGACUAGUGGGCUAAGGCUGCGAGAUCUUCGAAGGGUAGACCCGUCGUUGUGGGUCACAAACUCUGCUCCGGCCUUGCUGGUUCGUGAGCAGGCAAUCUUACUCAACUUAGGCUCACUUAGAGCGAUUGCAACAAAAGAAGAUGUUCUUAUCUUCGAUCAUCAAAGUGUGGGCGCUCGUGGAUUCAUCGAAAUCCUAAUUCCUCGUUUAGCUGUAGACAAGAAUGGCUACGUGCACGAGAUGCCUUUUGAGCUGGAGGUGAUGGAAUCAGCACUUAUCUCCAGGACUCAAAGACUCGAGAAAGCAUUAAUGGACGUCGAACCACGAGUGAUUUCGCUUCUCGAAGUCCUUCCAUUUCGCUUGACUGCGGACGUUUUAGAGGAGCUGCGUGUCAGUAAACAAGCACUGACUUUUGUGUGACAGGUGGAAGUCGGGGCGAAGGCUGGUGCAUUGAGGGACAUGUUGUUGGAGCUUCUCGAGAAUCCUCAGGACAUCAGACGCAUGACGAUUAUGGGUAGUAGCUGCAGCAUGAGAAAAGAAGAUGGUGAUUUAGAGUGUACCAUUCCCCAGGAGAAACAGGUUGCAGAAGAUGAAGAAGAGGAGAUUGAGAUGCUUCUCGAGUACUAUCUGCAAAGGUGCGAGUCUUGCCAUGGUCAAGCUGAGAAAUUGCUGUCUUCCGCAAAAGAGAUGGAGGACUCAAUAGCAGUAAAUUUGAGUUCGAGGAGGCUUGAAGUGAGCCGCCUGGAGCUUCUUCUACAAGUUGGUACCUUCUGCGCAGCUUUGGGAGCUCUUGUCGCAGGAAUCUUUGGGAUGAAUUUGAAGUCUUACCUCGAAGAAAGAGCGAUGGCAUUUUGGAUCACUACCGCGGGUAUCAUUCUUGGUGGCACAUUCCUGUACAUCUACAUUGUGUCAUACUUAAAAAAUAGGAAAAUCUUGUAAUUGAUCAUCGAUAUGAAAUCCUAGCAUUAAAGAUACGAGAGUUUACUCUUGGUUGAUUUCUGUUCUGGUCUGCUUGAUUCUUAAUGUAUCGAUGUUCCAAUCGAACAUAGGUCUCAGUGUGGAAACUGUGUAGUCUGUGCAUGAUGAAAAUGUAUACUAUUCGCUUUCAGUUAAUAUGAAUCAUUGAAUUUCAA